GGUGGGAUGGUAAGACUUGCUUGGCUCACCUUCAACAAUGUUCCAGUGCAGCCUGCGGUUAUCCAAUGAGAGCCCAGCCCUCCUCCCCCUGCUCUCCUCUCCCGCCUCCUCCGCGAGCUCUCAUCUCUCCGCUCCGCGUGCAGCCACUGACUGGUGCUGUCUCGCGGCGUUUGGAGAUCUUGCACGCGCGCUGUAUGGAUGCUGAAGCUUUGGCGCUGCUAUAAACGCAACACGGAAUCAACAUGUCCAACCCUCCGCACGACCCGUUCUACUCGUCCCCUUUCGGACCGUUCUACCGGAGACAUUCACCGUACAUGGUGCAGCCUGAGUACAGAAUCUAUGAGAUGAACAAACGACUCCAGUCCCGGACAGAGGAGAGUGAUAGUAUGUGGUGGGAUGCGUUUGCUACAGAGUUCUUUGAGGAGGACGCUACAUUGACCAUUGCCUUCUGCCUGGAGGAUGGACCAAAAAGAUACACAAUCGGGCGGACGCUCAUUCCUCGUUACUUCAGUACGGUUUUUGAGGGUGGCGUGUCAGACCUCUACUACAUCCUGAAACACUCCAAAGAGUCCUUCCACAACUCCUGCAUCACUGUAGACUGCGAUCAGUGCACCAUGGUCACACAACACGGCAAGCCCAUGUUCACCAAGGUGUGUACAGAGGGCCGGUUGAUUCUGGAGUUCGCCUUCGAUGAUCUGAUGAGAAUCAAGACAUGGCACUUCAGCAUCAGACAGUAUCGGGAACUUAUCCCACGGAGCAUUCUCGCCAUGCAUGCACAAGACCCUCAAGUCCUGGAGCAGCUCUCAAAAAACAUCACCCGCAUGGGACUGACCAACUUCACCCUUAACUACCUCAGGUUGUGUGUCAUUCUGGAGCCGAUGCAAGAGCUAAUGUCCCGACACAAGACCUACAACCUCAGCCCGAGAGACUGUCUAAAGACCUGUCUGUUCCAGAAGUGGCAAAGAAUGGUGGCCCCUCCAGCUGGACAUCCACAGAACUUCAAAACGGAAAUUUUCCCCUCAAAUCACAAAAAAGUAUUGCAGGAUGUGAUGGUGGUAGGUGAACCCACUCUGAUGGGCGGGGAGUUUGGCGAUGAGGACGAGCGUCUGAUCACGCGACUAGAAAACACACAAUAUGAUGCCAACAAUGGCCUGGACGAUGACGAUGACUUCACGAGCUCACCGGCGCUCGGCAACAAUGGUCCCUGGAACAGCAAGCCACCCACAGGACAAGACAGCAAGCCAGAGAGUACGGCCUCACAGCCCUCUCAGUAGGAGACAACACGUGCAAUGCCCCGUUAAACCACCAGGGCGGCGCUCUUUCUCUCUGACCUCAUUUUUUACCCUCGAUGAUGUAAAUCCCAUGUGCUGGUGUCAAUGAUGUCAUCCAUUUUCACCAGAAACUGAUGGUUCCACUUCUUAAUUUGGGUAACGUUUAAGAGCUUCACAGACCAAACUUUGGCAGCAAUAUUUGCUCACUGGAUUUUUUAAAAAUCAUCUAGCUAGGCAACAAAGCAGCCCAAGAAAUGUGACUCUUGGAGGAACUCGACUUUAUCAAGGCUGAAUCUGAAUUAACAGAGACCUGAAUUUGGGACAACUUUAGUCCAAUAAUCAAUGUAAAAGAUGUACCAGUCUUGCAGUUCAUCACACAUCUCCAUAGUGACUCCAGUUGGCAACCACACUCGACAUCAACCAAUCGCUGAAGAGACGGUUAUGUUGGCUUUCUUCUCACUGGAGACUGGGACUGCAGAGGCAUCCACUGAGACCAAUCCCUGAACAUUUGCAUUUUUAUUGGAAAUUCGUUUGGCUAUUGUCUUUUCCCCUCUGCUUUCAAUUAAAAGUGAACCGCCUUGCUUUCCUUCAACACAACAGACUGUAUUAACAAAGAUAGCUUGCAUUGAAAGAAAAAACAUCACCAGUUGCCAUUUAAAGAGUGUACUUUAAUUAAAAAAUUCCUUUUUGAUUUCAGAGUUUGUGUUUUUUUAUUAAUUUGUGAUUAUUCUAUAUUCUCCUUGUACUGUACCAUCGAGAUUAGGAGUUUCUUGAUUGACAGGCAGGCACAUAUGAGAAGCAUAUUUGUCCAUCUUUCGCCUAUCUCCCUGUAUUGACUUAUUUUCAUAAUGGAAUAUGUUUCUGCAUGACAUUUCAAAAUUGGUAACAUGUUUAUUUCCAGACUUUUGAGGUCAUGUUGGACUUUGGUUAUCAUUUUGGAAGCACAGUAACCAGGGUUGUGACAAUAAAAAUGCAUUCUGCUUCAUCUGAUGUCACUGAAGUCAUCAGACCUUGAUGUAAACGGCAGCUGUUUUGACGUUUACUUCUUGUUUGACCUUUUUUUUUUUUUAUCUGAAUAAUGGAUUUCAUACUCAGGAAG